AUGAAAGAUGAGUAUACUGCUUUGAGAGAUAACGACACAUGGGAUUAUGUGGCACCUGAGCCACACAUGAACGUUUUAGGUUCUAAAUGGGUCUAUAAGGUCAAACAGAAAGUUGAUGGUACUAUCGACAGACUGAAGUCUAGAUUAGUUGCAAAGGGUUAUGAUCAACAAGAUGGAAUAUAUUUUAAUGAAACCUUUAGCCCUGUUGUUAAAUGUACCACUGUUAGAGUUGUGUUAUGCAUGGCAAUUACAUACAAUUGGCAGAUUAGACAAUUAGAUGUUAGUAAUGCUUUCCUUCAUGGAUUCUUAGAUAAAGAUAUUUACAUGUCACAGCCUCAGGGGUUUAUAAAUCCAUAUUAUCCUUCAAAUUAUAAAUCAGUCUCAGAUAAUUCUAUGUUUGUGUGUACUUCUAAAGAUGGUAUGUUGGUGUUACUUUUAUAUGUGGAUGAUAUUUUACUCACAGGAAGCUCUUCCAUUUUGAUGAAUGAUCUGAUUAUCUCUUUAAGGAAAGAGUUUGCUAUGAAAGAAUUGGAAGAGUUAGGAUAUUUUCUUGGGUUAGAAGCUGUUAGAAAUCCUACCUCAAUAACUCUCACUCAAAAUAAGUAUACUUUAGAGUUAUUAGACAAGGCAAAGUUGUUGGAUUCUAAGCCCUGUGAUACUCCAGUUGUUAAGGGAGCAAGGUUGUCUAUUCAUGAUGGAGUUAAACUUGAUAAUGUAACUGACUAUAGAGCAAUAGUGGGUGGAUUACAAUAUCUAACUAUGAAAAGGCCUGACAUAUGUUUUGUUGUUAAUUAUGUGUCACAAUUUAUGCAUUUUCCAUCAGAUUUACAUCUUCAGCUAGUCAAAAGAAUUCUGAGGUAUUUGAAAGGCACUAUAGGUCUGGGAAUUACUUUAACUAAAGGUAGUCUGUGUGCUUUGAAGGCUUUUACAGACUCUGACUGGGAUGGUUGUCCAGAUACUAGAAGAUCCACCUCAGGUUUUGCUGUGUUUUUGGGUCCUAAUCUUGUGUCAUGGUCUUCUAAGAAGCAGCCCACAAUAUCAAAGUCAUCUGCAGAAGCUGAAUAUAAGUGUUUAUCUGUUGCUUCUGCUGAAUUAAAAUGGAUUUCAUAUAUUCUUGCUGAUCUACAUGUUAAACUUGAUUCUCCAGCUUUACUUCUCUGUGAAAAUAUUAGUGCUUUGGCUACUAAUCCUGUUUUUCAAGCCAGGACAAAACAUAUAGAGAUUCAAUAUCAUACAGUAAGGGAGUUGGUGGAUGAAGGCUUCUUGGAGUUGCAUCAUAUUACUUCUGAAAAUCAAAUUGCAUACUUAUUCAUUAAGGGUUUAUGA